AUGCAGGCUGCGGCUUUAGACCGAGCCCGAGCCCGUGUCCGGGAAGGUGCGGGCCCCGCGGGCGAUACACGCAGCGCAGAUCCACGCGUUGCGCGAGCACAGCAUGUCUCAGGGAGCGGGGGAGACGCCGCAAUCCUGAUCCGAAGGCCUGGAAAUCAGCAUACGUUCGCCCUCAGUGUGCCGUUCCCGUCCCCCUUGGAGGCAGAGAUCGCCCGUGGAUCCCUGGCCCCAGAUGUGGAACCUCACGGAGAACUGGUUCAAAAGGAAUUAGCUGUGGACGGCAGCGUCCUAUUGGUCCACUGGAGAGCUGAAGAUUCUCGUCUCCUUCGAGCUUCUAUUGUGAACUUUCUUGACCAUCUUUCCCUAGUGAUACGGACCAUGCAGCGCUUCGGGCCCCCUCUUCCCCGCUGA